CGUCCAUGCGUCCUUUCAGGGUCAUAGUCGAUCAAAUCACUUCCUGUGACGGAAUCUCGGCCUAUCAACUGACGGACGAGAAGUUUGAAUGAAGGCUACCGUGCACUCGCAAUGCCCUUGGAGGUGACUUGGCCAUUCCCACAAUGCCCCCGGCUAGGAUGGAGGUUAUCCAGCUCCCUCAUAAUGGGCCUGGUGGGAUCCUACAGCUUCUUAUGGACCAGAUACAUGAACUACGUGAUGGUGCACAACCAGAAUGUUCUCUUGGACUUGGUUGAUAAACGGCCCGAGGACAGACCUCUCAUCACUGUGUCUAAUCAUCAAUCCUGCAUGGAUGAUCCACACAUAUGGGGGGUCCUUAGACUACGGCAGUUGUGGAACUUCAAAAAAAUGAGAUGGACCCCUGCAGCCUCUGACAUCUGCUUCACCAGGGAGCUCUACUCGCGCUUCUUCAGUAGAGGGAAGUGUGUGCCUGUGUGUCGAGGUGAUGGAGUUUAUCAGAGAGGCAUGGACUUCCUUGUGGAGAAACUCAAUCGUGGGGAAUGGGUGCAUGUAUUCCCUGAGGGAAAAGUCAACAUGAACCAAAAUGAAUGGAUACGUUUAAAAUGGGGUGUGGGGAGGUUGAUCGCUGAAUGCACUCUUGACCCUAUUAUCUUGCCCGUGUGGCAUUUGGGUAUGAAUGAUGUCCUUCCCAACGACCGCCCAUAUAUACCUCGAACUGGAAAGAAAAUUACAGUUUUAGUGGGGAAGCCUUUUACUGUGAAACAUCUUGUGGACUCGCUAAGAGCAGAAAACAAAAGCCAGAUGGAGAUGAGGAAGGUCCUCACUGACUUCAUCCAGGAGGAGUUCCGCAGCUUAAAGAUCCAGGCCGAGGCCCUGGAUCAGCGGAUACAGACCCAAGAUUGAGGCCUUGGCCUGGGCUAUGGACUACCCUCGGGGACGAGGCUGAAGAGGGCCGGACACAGAGCAAACAUAAGACCAGAUCAGCCUCCUUAUGAAUCAAGAUGCGCACGCACACACACACACACACACACACACACACACACACACACACACACUCAUUCACCACAGCAGGUGGACCAUAAAUAUAUCUGAUACUAAUCAGAUGGCAGGAGUCCUUUUCUACACUGUUUCCUGUAACCCUGUCCCGCUUGAAGCAACCUCAGCUGGAACAACAAUUACUGUGUGCUUUUUUUUAAGUGCAUGUGCCAAAUUGCUCAGGCUGGAAGCUGUAUUGACCAUGGGGCAGAAUCACGAAGACUUGGGUCGCGUACAAUUUAUGGGUGAUCAAUUUCUGAUGACCUAGGGUUACUGAGACACUCAACCAAGAAUUAGACUUGUGAAGGAACUUGUUUGAAGGGGAAUCAGUAUUUUUUACAACUCACUAUUUUACAGUGGUGUUUCCACAAGAGGUUUAUGUCACACUCUUUGCCAGUUUUUAAGUCAAGCACUUGUACAAAGUUGAAUUAGUUACUUGCAAUAUUUAGAUUUUUGAGGCAGUGAACCAAAUGCACUAUAUAUAGAGAGAACGUGUGUUUCAUAUCUGAUAGUACAGAAUAUGCCAAGUACACUAGAAAUGGCCUAGAAUGUCUAUCGUGCGCCAUCCACUGAAAACUGUCAAUUUAUAAUGUGAUGGUUUGUAGUGUGUGCAAAAUUAUGGCAGACUCAAUCAUUUUCCCCUCCAAAAUAGUUAUUAGUUACGGCACCCUGAGACAGAAUUCAGGAAGUAUCAUACUAAAUGGCUUGCUGAUAUCUGGUGGUCCCAAAUGGUGCUGGUAAGGCUAAUAAUAAUGUAAGAGUAUUUAUGUUGGUGCCAUGGGUCUCCUCUGUUCCCUUAUCCUACUUAUUUGUAAUGUGGCAGCAUGGUAUGAUUGAACUGUUAAAUAAUUUACCUCAAGUGUUUUUUUUUUUAAUUACCUCUGUUGAGGUUGUGCCCUUCCUCAUUUAUGUUCUUCCUCAAGUUCAUUAUCUGACCUGGCAGAUGGCACCAAAUAAAUUUAGCGUCCAUCCUGUUAGCACGUGAUACAAACGGUGACUCCCUUUCACUUUAUUUACAAUAAAGUACAGAUUUGAUUA